AAUCUUUUUAGUGGCGCUCUUCCGUCUUCCAUUGGGAACUUAUCUUCGCACCUCGAAAAAUUUUCUGCAUCCUACUGCGGAUUGAAGGGCAGAAUUCCUGAUGAGAUCGGCAACUUGACCAGCUUGAUUAGAGUUCCAUUAGGCAGCAAUUACCUAUCCGGUAAUAUUCCACCUACUGUGAAGCAUUUGGUCAAUCUCCAAGGCUUGUUUCUAGAUAACAAUUCCUUGAGCGGCUCCAUUACAGAUGAUCUGUGUGGUUUACACAGCUUGUCUGAUUUGGAUUUGAGCUCAAAUAAGUUGUCGGGUUCGAUUCCACAAUGUUUAGGAAAUGUCACAUCCCUGCGUCGUCUUUUGCUGAACUCUAACAUGUUUACUUCAAGCAUACCAUUAGGCAUCUGGAGCCUGAAGGAUUUGUUGAGACUAGACUUGUCCGCGAACUCAUUGAUUGGAUUCUUACCUCCAGAGGUUGAUAAGUUAGCAGCAGCCAACUACAUAAAUCUAUCCCUUAACCAGCUGUCAGGGUCUAUCCCAAGCACUAUUGGAAGCUUACUAAAUUUGGUUGAUCUUUCUUUGGCGCGUAACAGACUUGAAGGUUCCAUCCCAGUGUCUAUUGGUAGCAUGCUUGGUUUGGAAAAUCUGGAUGUGUCCUUCAAUAACCUCUCUGGCUCAUUACCAAAAUCUUUGCAGGCUCUUCGAUACCUCAACAGUUUUAAUGUCAAUUCCGAGUCCUUUAAAGGUAAUGUAGCAUUAUGUGGAAUUCCAAGGUUCAAUGUCCAGCCUUGUAAAGUUGUGUCCGGACGCAGAUCAAAGGGGAAGAAGAUAGGACGCGCUAUGUUCAUUCUUGCUGGUGCUGUUGCUCUUACCACAAUUCUAUGUUUGGGGUUUAUUUUCCUCAGAUAUAGAAGGAGAGUUGUUGCAACUACUGGAAGUGAUGAAAUUUUGUCUGUGGUUAUACCUGAAAGAAUUUCAUAUUAUGAACUCUCACGAGCAACUCAAGAGUUCAAUGAGAGCAAUUUACUAGGCAAGGGAAGCUUUGGUUCUGUUUACAGAGGAAUUCUUGGAGAUGGAAAUGUCGUUGCUGUAAAGGUGUUUCAGCUGCAAGCUGAUGAAGCUGCUUACAGGAGCUUUGAUGUUGAAUGUGAGGUUCUACGUAAUAUCCGUCACAGAAAUCUGACGAAAGUCAUAAGCAGUUGCUCCAACGAAGAAUUCAAAGCUUUGGUACUUGAAUACGUGCCUAAGGGUAGCCUUGAGAGAUGGUUGUACUCGCACAACUGUUUCUUGGAUUUCAUACAAAGGAUGAACAUAAUGAUUGAUGUUGCAUCGGCUUUGGAAUAUCUUCAUCAUGGCUAUGGGGCUCCGGUUGUUCAUUGUGAUGUGAAGCCUAGUAAUGUCUUACUAGAUGAUGAAAUGGUAGCUCAUGUUAGCGAUUUUGGCAUAUCGAAACUUUUAUGCGAGGGGGGCAGUGUUGUGCUGACAAACACUCUUGCAACACUUGGUUACAUUGCUCCAGAAUAUGGUUUAGGAGGCCUAGUAUCCACAAGGUGUGAUGUGUAUAGCUAUGGUGUGAUGUUAAUGGAAACCUUUACAAGAAAAAGACCAAGUGAGGAUAUGUUUGUUGGAGAUCAAAGCUUGCAGAGUUGGAUCAGAAGUUCAGUUCCACAAUCAACAUAUCGAGUUAUAGAUGCCAACUUAGUAGCGAAUGUCUACGAAGAAGAUGGCGAAAAAAUUUUGGAAUCUGCAGCAUCUAUAUUUGAGUUGGCUUUCAAAUGCUCAGCAGAAAUCUCUAGUGACAGGAUUAGCAUGAAAGAAGCUCUGCCGGAGCUGGAGAAAAUCAAACGUCGAUUUUUGGGAUGAAGCCUAUAUUACAGUGGCAUGGGUUCAUAAUAACUUUACAAAAGAUUACAUUCUCUGUGUUCUCAAAAAUCGAAAUAUAUGAAUAUAAAGAACAUAUCAGUGGGGGGAAUUAUUCAUUUUUAUUCAAUCGUAUGAUCAGAGGUUACAAGAAUAUAUAGGCUAGAGAAA